AACGAGACAUAUAUUAUCAAAACCAAAAUGGCCUAGCCUGAAUGCAAUUUCCACUGGAGAGAUUGUUUUAUUUUGAUAGAUAGCUUAAAAAUAGUUAUCUGACAGCUAAAGUUACCUGAAAUUGAAAAGAAUUUUGAGAUUAUUUCAAGGGACUUUCAAAAAUGGGUUUGUUCGGGAAAACACCACAGAAAGACCCAAAAGAACAGGUUAGAGAAAUGACUUCCAAUGUCAGAAAGGAAGGAAGAAAACUUGACCGGCAAAUAAGAGCCAUAAAAAUGGAGGAAGCAAAAGUUCAAAAGUCAUUGAAGGAUGCUGCUAAGAAGGGAGAGAAAGAUGUAUGUUCAAUAUUGGCCAAGGAGAUUAUAAGAUCGAGAAGGGCUGUUAAUAAAUUGUACUCUUCAAAGGCCCAGCUGAAUUCAGUUGAGUUAAGUAUGAAGAAUCAGCUAGCUACUUUGAGAGUUUCUGGGAGUCUUCAACAAAGCACUGAAGUGAUGAAGUACAUGCAAGCGUUGGUUAAAGUGCCUGAAAUCCAAGCAUCUAUGCAAGAACUAUCUAGGGAGAUGAUGAAGGCUGGAAUAAUGGAGGAAAUGAUAGAAGAAUCAUUUGAAAGUCUGGAAGAUGAUGAUAUUGAAGAGGCAGCUCAAGAGGAAGUUGACAAGAUUUUGUGGGAGGUUACAAGUGGUGUGCUUGGGAAAGCAGGCCCUGUUGCAGCUGGUGAACUUCCUAAUGAGCCAGUUGGGGCCACAGCUGCAUCCGAUAAUGAAGAAGAUAUAUCAGAAAUGCAAGCAAGACUUGAGGCCCUGCGAAGUUAAAAGUUUUGACUCAAUUAACCCAAAACUUUUUUCUUAUAAACAGCACUAAAUAUGAUGUUGUCUUUCAGGUCGUAUUCUUAAAUUCAAGUCCUAAUACCAUUACCCUUUCAGGCAGUGUAUUUGUAUCUAAAAGGUAUUUUCAGAUGGCUUUUAUUUGCUUCAAGGUAGCUCAUUUUGCUGACAUAAAUCUAAACUGUAUCUAUCAUUAUUAUAAGUCUAA